AUGGCAAAAUUUAACGUACAUGACGUGGCGAUUCCAGACAUUAAACUAUCUCCAGAGCGUGAAGCUUCUUUAAUUGCCGAAGUUGAGGCUUUAGUGCAGAGCACGUUAGAGCUACGAUCUGCGUUUGCUGCUAAUGGUCGCCAACUCGAUACAUCGGCAUGGAAGCUUGUUCGGACAAAGGAUGAUGUCCGCGCUUACCGUUCGCGUCGCACAUUACAUGGAUCGGAUCCCUCUAGUGACACAUCAGACGCAGUGUCGUCGUCAUCGUCGUCUAGCUCGCGAACAAAUACGUCAAAAACAACAAUUGACAACGAUCGUCCUCGUGCUAAAAAAACACGACCACCGGCUGUCGUUCUUUCGGGAACUGUCGAUGGUACAGCUGAAGAUGCUGUAUUGGGUAUGCUUGCAGAUUCUGAACAACAUUGUAUGAUGCGUCAGUCAUAUCUUGGUACUGAGCUUGAAGACUCGAGAUUGUUACUUGUGUUAGCUAAACCAACACCUCAAAAUCCGUUUACGUUCAUUGGUGUCAAAUGGGGACGUCAGACUUAUGGUCGAUUUAGCCAACCUCGUGAUUUUGUCUUUCUAGAAUCCACAGGUAUUACUAAAGAUUCUCGGGGUGAAAUGGUGAGCUAUGGUCUCCGUCAGUCGACUGACUUGUCAGACGUCCUCACACUGCCUCGAACUGACGAUGUAUUACACGGCCACUUGUCAGUAUGCCAAACAUUUGCUAAUAGUGGAGUUCCUGUCACAGGUUCACGUCAUCAUUCCGUCGAAAUGUUUUCUCGUGCCUAUUUGCAGCUAGAUGGAGAUGUGCCAGUAAAUGUAGCAGCUUCGGCAUUUGCUGAAAAAAUCAUGGCACUUGUCAAUACAAUGGAGUGUGCGACUGCGUACAAGUUAACAUGGAUGAUGAAGCAAUCAACUCGUCAAGCUCGCCCGAUAAUUAGUGUUCCUGGCUCAAGCGGUCACUGCGCUAACUGUACUCGCAGUCUCAGCAAACUGACGAGUUAUUUGCUUUCACGUGGAGGCACGUGUCAAGUGUGCCGUCGUUCAUAUUGCGGCAAAUGUUCGGUAUACAAGAAAAUAUCGAUUGGAAUUGGGAACGAGGUGAUGCAAAAGUCGAUGUUAUUCUGUCUUGAAUGUCUUUUGGAGGCAAAACAAAUCUCAGCGCGCAAAGUAGCAGUGGAACAGCAGAAGUAUUAA